AUGUUCGACAACACGCAGUACCCCUAUAACUGCUUUAAUUACGAUGGGGAUGAUUACCCGACCUGUAGUUCUGACGAAGAGAAAAAAUUCACCAGACCGGCUUACAGCUACAUUGCCUUAAUUGCAAUGGCCAUCCAGCAAAGUCCUUCAAAUAAAGUCACCCUCUCUGGCAUUUAUGACUUUAUAAUGAAGAAAUUUCCUUACUACAGAUCAAAUCAAAGAGCCUGGCAGAACUCCAUCCGACAUAACUUAUCGCUUAACAGUUGUUUUGUAAAGGUUCCCAGAACUGAGGGGAAUGAGAAGGGGAAAGGAAACUAUUGGAGCUUUGCAACGGGAUGUGAGUCCAUGCUGGAUCUCUUUGAAAAUGGGAAUUACAGGCGAAGACGAAGGAGGAGGAAUGUGAAAAGGGAACACAAGGAGCACAGACCAAGCAGAGGAAAAAGUCCUUUGUCGCCUGAUAAGUCUUCUACGGACUCCGCUCUAAAUAUUUCCUCUUCUGAAAGUAAACAUGAAAGAGUUGAAUCGGGACCAAGAUUAUUGGAGCCUCGUGGGUUUGCUCCAAACAGCAUGAGCAGCAGGCAGAGCCGAAGCAAUUCCUCCUUAGCAAAAUCGGAUUCUGAAAUUAAAUUCAGCAUCGAUUACAUUCUUUCAGCCCCCGACCCUUUGCCUGUCCUGAGAUCUCAGUACAAUAUGCAAGAAAAUAAGUAUCAUCUCCUGGAGGCCCAGCAAAUUAAUCUCCAGUUCUGGACAAUGUGA